AUGAAAAAAUUAUAUAUAAUUCUUACUGAUGGAACCUACUGUUAUGGUAGAUAUGUGAUUAAAAGAAACGGCAUUAAACAAAUCAAGUCAAUUUCUAAUGGAACUGAAAUACUGAACUUAGACAGCACAUUUUGGCAUUACUUAUUCAAGGAAUUAGUUAUUAGCUGUCUAUAUAGACAAUGUUUUAUUUCACAUUGGACUUUAGUAAAUAAUAAUGGUAUCAUUUUCAAACUUCAACCAACUAGUUAUGAUUUAAUUGACUAUAAUUGGAAUGAAAGGAUCUUCCUUUUAGUGAGAGAAAGAUGUGAACUAGAUCAUGCACUAUCUUGGUUAUCAACAUUAGGAGGUGCCUUUUCUGCUCUAGGUGAUUAUUUUGCAAAUUGUGCAGAAACAGCAGGAAAAAUAUCCUUUCAUCAACUAAAGUUGGCCCUAAGGUUAGGAGAUCCUAGUAUUGCAUCUAGAUGUCGACUGUAUCUAAGUUUAAGCUUCAUUCAAAAGAAGAGAUAUAAAUUAGCAAGGAGAAUUAUAGAAACAGAGUACCAAAUAGCUAAGAGGACUAGUAUAGUGGACCCUAGACUUAUUAACAUGUGCAGAGGUAUUUGGUCAAAGUUACAAUAUGAACAUUUGGUUUAUAAAAACAGAAAGAAAGAAAUUGUUUAG